GUGGAGGACGCGGCUCCGGUACUGCCGCCUCCACUUUACGCACCUGCGGGAAUGCGCCUGCUCCUCCACGAACGCACCGCUCCACGCCUGCGCCGUCCUUCCCAGAGGCCGCUCCUGGAGCUCAUUUAAUGCUCUGCUGCUGAAGCUGCUGCUGAAGCUGAAGGCAGUCAUGACCGAGGAGCUGUAGCCUCCCUCCGACGCAGCAACAAGCAAUCAUCUGUGAUCAGUGCGCGCCGUCGCCAUCCACAGCCUCCGAGAUGAAGACCAUUCUGGCUGCGUACUCCGGAGUCCUGAGAGGCACCGGCUCCAGCAUCUUCUCCGCCCUGCAGGAUCUGCCGCUGGGACUUUGGCCCUGCAGGUCCAAGAUGGAGAAACAUCUGCAGGUCAUCUCUGUGCUGCAGUGGGUCCUCACCUUUUUAGCCAUGGGUGCUGCUUGCACUGUGCUGCUGAUCUACAUUUUUUGCACUGACUGCUGGUUGAUAGCUGCGAUGUAUACUGCCUGGCUCAUUGUCGACUGGAACACCCCAAAACAAGGUGGAAGGAGAUCCUCCUGGGUGAGAAACUGGACAGUGUGGAGGUAUUUCCGAGACUACUUCCCUGUCAAACUGAUUAAAACUCAUGACCUGCUGCCCAGCCGGAACUACAUAUUUGGCUACCAUCCUCAUGGGAUCUUCUGCUUUGGCGCUUUCUGCAACUUUGGGACUGAAGCAACGGGCUUCUCCAAGAAAUUCCCCGGCAUCAAACCCUCGCUGGCGACACUAGCGGGAAACUUCCGCUUGCCUGUUCUCAGAGACUACCUGAUGUCUGGAGGUAUUUGCCCAGUGAACAGGAAUUCCAUUGACUACCUGCUGUCGUGUAACGGGACUGGCAACGCCGUGGUCAUCGUGGUCGGAGGAGCAGCAGAGUCUCUGCACUGCGCUCCAGGCAUGAACUGCGUCACCCUGAGGAACCGGAAAGGCUUUGUUCGGCUGGCGCUGCAGAAAGGGUCCGACUUGGUUCCCGUCUAUUCUUUUGGAGAGAAUGACGUCUACAAGCAGGUGAUUUUUGAGGAGGGAACCUUCUGGAGAGCCAUUCAGAAGAAGUUACAGAAGAUCUUGGGCUUUGCUCCUUGCCUUUUUCAUGGAAGUGGCCUUUUCUUUAGCAACUCGUGGGGCAUUGUGCCUUUCUGCAAGCCCAUAACCACCGUAGUUGGGGAGCCGAUAACUGUGCCAAAGAUUGAGGAUCCGACUGAGGAGAUGGUGGACCUCUACCAUGACAUGUACAUCAGGUCCCUCCAGUCCCUCUUUGACAAGUCUAAGACCAGGUAUGGUCUGAAAGAGAGCGACAUCCUGCACGUCCUGUGAGAGGAGGAAGAGGCUCUGCUGUGAAUCCGGAGAUCAGCUUCUUGAAUUUGUCGCUGGUUCAUCGCUAAACUUCUGCCUGCACGUGUAAAUGCUGGUUAAAGAUGCUAAUUGCAGUGUGCCAAACGAGUGACGAUCUGUGCAUGGGGAGACUGCCUUUGUUUGGACAAAGUCAUGAAGAGCAGUGCCUUGUCCUUCCAUUUCCUUCUGUUUGAACCGCCUCACCUGAGCAGAGAGGUGGAAGCUGUCAUGACUUUUAAGACUUCUUUGAGGUCGCUCUCGGAGCCUUAAGAAGAGCUUUAUGACCCCCACUGAAAUGCUCAUCGCACAAACAAUGCAAAUUGAAGGUACGACUUUGACAUUGGAAUGAAAAGCCCAAAGUGUAAUUCAGCCAAAGACGAUUGCGGUUUCCUGACGUGCAUUGAUUACUAAUGUAUUUGUGUACACUUGAAGUGUGUGGAUUUAUAUUGUGAAUAGAUGAUGUAUACAUUUCUGUAUGGAACCAUAAAGUAUUGAUUGUAUUCUGUAGUAGACGAAGACAGUUGGAAAGCUUGUCCCGCUGUAUUAUCCGUGCACUUUUUGUAUUGCAAAUCCUAAAGAAAGUCUUCAGAAAAAGGAGUUUUUUGGAGUUUUUUUUUUUUUCCCCCCUUAAGUUUUUGUGCCUUUCAUUGAGAUUCUUGUCGCUCAGGUUUGGAUCUACAUGAAAUCUACGCCAUAAAACUCUGGUCUUUAACACCAGAGCUCCAGUGUUCAUGAUCUUUGAUUUGCUGUCAUAUUUAAUUGUUGACACGACCAAUGUCAUUCUAGUAGAUUCUAUAGAAUGACAUUGAUCGUGUCAAUGGUUGAAAAGUCAGGUGUUAAAGAGUUAAAAUAAUGUCACAAUUGUAUUAAAGAAGGCCUUAAACCUCGCUGGUGUUUUAGCAUAUGACAGAGUUCCUCACUAAUGGAACACGGGAAGUUCUGGGACUCAUCCUCCCUAAAGGCCGGUAGCAGGUGUUUAAAGAGAAUAUUAGUUUUCUGGACUCACCAUUGUGACUUAUUUUUAAUCCCAGUGCAAUACAUUUUAUAGUAACAAACAGCAAGACACAUGUAUGUGACUGAAGAUGUCUUCUGCCAAUAUUUAAAUUAAAUUUUGUAUGUUUUCAUGA